AGCAAGAGUGAAGGAAGAAGAAAUGGAAACAGGAGAAAUUGGUGUUAAGUACAGAGGUGUGAGAAGAAGGCCAUGGGGUAAAUUCGCGGCGGAGAUUCGCGAUUCCAAUAGACAUGGUGUGCGAGUUUGGUUGGGGACUUUUAAUACUGCAGAAGAAGCAGCAAGAGCUUAUGAUCAAGCAGCUUUUCGGAUGAGAGGUUCUCUUGCUGUUCUCAAUUUCCCAGAUGAGUAUCCUUUGUCCCAAGCUUCUGGGUCUUCUUCUUCUUCUUCUUCUUCUUCUUCUUCAUUGUAUGAGAACAGAGAGAAACAAAAACAGGGGAAAGAUGUUAUUGAAUUGGAGUACUUGGAUGAUAAGCUAUUAGAGGAGCUUCUUGCUACUGAAGAGAAGAAAAACAAGAAAAAGUGAUCAAGAUUGUGGUUUUCUCCACUUGGGUUCUCUCUCUCUCUCUCUCUCUCUUUCU